CCCCCCUUUUCCCUGCUGGGCCUUGCGGUUUUCCUACCUGUUCGCUUCUUCCGCCCUUGAAUGGACGGUCAAUUGCACCAACAUGACGUCCGUCCUCAGGCUGGCUACCUUGAGUUACGCGGUCGCCUGUGUUGAUGCUGGCUUCUCUAUUCGGGCAGGUCGCCACGCAAAGGAUUGGGGGCCGCCCACCGAGACCCUCGGCAAUACGCAAAUCGAUCCUGCCGGCUGGACGCCAAAACCGACUGCGCCGCCGGGGGCCAGGCCAGAGGACUGGGAGCUUCGGAGACGACAGCAGGGCGUCCCCAUGACCGAUACCUGCGGUUUCCCUGUUAGCAAGUCCAAUGACCCGGCAAUUGGCUGCUCAGAUGGGGCAUUUUGCGCCUCCUCGUCUGGCGUGGUGGGAUGUUGCAGCGCCCGAGACCGCCGCGAUUGCACGAUAUUACCCACAGCAUGCGUCGAGGUAGGGACGCCGCCGACGCGUCAACCGAUUGAUCCUCAGACUCUCACCUGCUCGGACCAGGCACGUCCACGUUGCGUAACAUAUUUAUAUAACGUGAAUUUCUUCGAGUAUCUACAUGGCUAUAGCUUUCUAGCUUGCGGCGGCGAGGCGGGCAACAGUAUGAUUGCGACGAGUCCGUUCCCGGGCUGGUCACCGACAAGCCGUAUUUCUACCGCAACGCCAUUAGCAACAAAUCCGGUAACCGUUACCAUAUCUCCAGGUGUUGAGGCGUCGUCUACUGCCGAUUACACUUCGUCGACGAGUCAUGUUGGUGCCAUCGUCGGUGGCGUGAUCGGCGGCGUGGCCGGGCUCGCGUUGCUCAUCGCCGGCAUCCUACUUUUCUUACGCUACCGUAGGAGACGAGAGGGGGAAGAGAGGGUAGGAGAUAAGGGGGUAGGCAACUCGCCCCCUUAUCCUAGCCAAGACUUCACGCCCGCCGGAGUGUAUCCUUCUGGACUCCCUGAUUUCGAAAAUCCCUCGUUUUAUUACGGGGAAAUACCGCCGCAGAUGGUCCACACGCCGCAUCCCGAUGCCGCCGCCUAUCCGACGGCGCCGCAACCGCCGCAACCGCCGCCUACAAGUUACAACCCUGCGAACGCGCCCAGGAAUGUACGCCCGCCGGAAAUACCGUCCACGUUCGUCCCCGUUGCUCGCAAGCCGCCGACCCAAGAUGAUAUAGUAUCUCCCAUUAGCCCCCAGCCAUACGGGGAGCUGGUGAGUCCCGCCGACGACCCGACAACGUAUACAUGGAUCUCCAACCCAACGCCGCCGCCCCAGUCGGAAUAUUCUCAGUUCAGCCCGCCAUCUCCGCCUCAGUUUCAAUCCUAUCGCCCCUACCAUAGGACCUAAACGAAGCGAAAUUCACGAGCAUGGCCGAGAU